CUGGACAGCGAGGUGCUGGACUCCUGGGACUUUGACGUCUUCUUCUUCACCCCCGACCAGCUCAUCGCCUACGUCGCCCUCAUGUUCAUGCACCUCGGCCUUACCACCCAAGACGUGAGCAGGCAUGAGGUGUGCGCGCAGGUGCGCAACCAGUACCGGGCGGUGCCGUACCACAACUUUUUCCACUGCGUGGACGUGACGCACGCCACCUUCCGCUUCAUCCGCCUAGCCGGCAGCCGCGCGCGCAUGACGCCCAGCGAGAAGCUGGCCCUCAUGAUCGCUGCCCUCUGCCACGACAUGGACCACCCCGGCCUGAACAACGCGUUCCUGAUUAACACGCGGCACGAGUAUGCGCGGCUGUACAACGACAACAGCGUGCUGGAGAACCGCCACGUGUCGCUGCUCUACACUCUCCUGGCCGACCAGCCGCACGCCGACGUGCUGGCUGACAUGGACGACGCGCGCUGGAGAGACAUGCGCAAGACCAUCAUCAACGCCAUCAUCCACACCGACAUGGUCCACCACUUCCCCAUGGUCGCCAAGUUGAAUGCGGCGGCGAUCAAUGCGAAUGUGCGCGGCACCGAGGCGGCCGGCGCGGAUGCGGGGCCGGGCAUCUUCAAGACGCCCGAGGACCGCCACUUCAUGCUGGCGCUCAUGCUGCACUGCGCCGACAUCUCCAACGCCGUCAAGCCCAUCGCUAUUGCCCAGAAGUGGGCGAACCGUGUGCUGGAAGAGUUCUUCCUUCAGGGAGACCAGGAGCGCGCGCAGGGGCUGCCGGUGUCCCCGCUCAUGGACCGCCACACCACCUCGCUCGCCAUCUCCCAGAUCAACUUCAUCGAAUUCGUCGUCGCCCCCCUCUUCCACCAGGUGGGCAGGGUGUUUCCGGAGCUGAGGGCGACGGUGCAGUACCUGUGGGAGAACCGGCGGCUGUGGAACGAGCUCUACCUGGCCGACAUCGAGGCCGACACCUUCAAGACGCAGGCCGAGAAGGACGCCGACAGGGUGCGGCCGAGCGAAACUCACAGCUGA